GAAGAAUUGAGAAAGGGACAAGUCAUUUCAACUGGACUUGAGAAAGCAAUUGAACAAUCUAGGGUUGCCAUUGUUGUUUUCUCCAAAAAUUAUGCUUCGUCUAGUUGGUGUCUUGAUGAACUUGUCAAAAUUCUCGAUUGCAGAGCGAGGUUAAAUCAGGUAGUUUUGCCUAUUUUCUAUGAUGUUGAUCCUUCUCAAGUGCGAAAGCAAACUGGGUCCUUUGGCGAAGCUUUGGCAAAACACAAGGAACGAUCAAUUGGAGCUGAAAGAAUGGAAAAGUGGAAAGCUGCACUUACUGAAGCAGCAAAUUUAUCUGGAUGGGAUUUGAGAAAUGUUGCUGAUGGGCAUGAAUCAAAGUUCAUUGAAAGUAUUAUAAAACAAGUUCUGCAAGAGGUUAACCAGACACCUCUAGAUGUUGCUCAAUAUCCAAUUGGACUAGAUUCUCCUAUCGAACAUAUAGAGUUGUUACUGCAAAGUGGAUGUGAGCAUGAAGUUCGCAUGGUUGGUAUAUGUGGCGUUGGUGGAAUUGGAAAAACAACUUUGGCAAAAGCUAUCUAUAAUCGAAUAUUUCAACAGUUUGAUGGUAGUUGCUUCCUUUCUGACAUUAGAUCAAAAACUGAAGAAUCGGGUCUAGUCAAGCUUCAAGAGAAACUACUUUAUCAAAUCCUCAAAACUAAGGAAUUUGAAGUUGAUAGUGUUGCUGAAGGUGUUAAUCUCAUCAAAGCAAGACUUGGGUCUCAGAAGGUUCUAAUUGUUCUUGAUGACGUGGAUCAUAGAAGCCAAUUAGAAUCCUUAACAAGAGAAAGAAGUUGGUUUCGCUCUGGUAGUGUAAUAAUUAUUACAACCCGAGAUGAACAUUUGCUAUAUGGGCUUACAACAAGUGAGAUAUAUCGGGCCAAACUUUUAAAUGACAAUGAAGCCCAACACCUUUUUUCUUGUCAUGCAUUUAACUGUUUUUCUCCACCACAAGAAUAUGUUGAACUGGCACAAGACAUAAUAAAAUAUUCAGGUGGGCUACCGUUAGCUCUUGUGACAUUGGGGUCACAUUUGCAAGGGAGAUCCAUUAAAGAAUGGAUAUACGAGUUCAAAAAACUAAAAGCAAUUCCUCACAGUGAUAUUCAAAAGAUUCUCAAGAUAAGCUUUGAUGGACUUGAUGUCAAUACUCAGAGUGUUUUCCUUGAUAUCGCAUGUGCCUUCAAUGGUUGUUAUGAGAGUGAAGUUACCAAAACAUUAAAUGCGUGUGGUUUUUAUUCUGAAAGUGCAAUUUCAACCUUAGUUCAAAGGAACUUGCUCCAAAGGGAUUGUCCUAGUUUGGUGAUGCAUGGUCUAGUGCAGGAAAUGGGAAGAGAAAUCAUGCGCAUGGAAUCUCAAGACCCUGAAAAACGGAGUAGAUUGUUCAACCCUCUAGAAGCCAUUGAUGUUCUACAAGGAAAUAAGGGUUCUAAAAAAGUAGAAAUAUUGGUGGUAGAACAACAAGCAUUAAAGGGUGUGAAUCUAAGCACCGAAGCAUUUCGGAAAAUGAAAAAACUUAGGGUGCUUAAAAUCGACGACUUACAUAUUAGUGGAGAUUUUGAGCUAUUGUCCAAGGAGCUCAGAUGGUUGUCUUGGGAAGGAUGUCCUUUAAAAUGUAUACCAUCAAAUUUUCCAUCUGAGAAACUUGUAUUUCUGAAUAUGAAAGGGAGCAAUAUCCAAGAAUUUGGUUUGAAUUUGCAGUAUUGUAGAAAUUUGAAAAAGCUGGAUCUCUCUGAUUGCAAGCGCCUCAGAAGAACUCCAAACUUCAAGGGUUCAAGAAGUCUCGAGACUUUGCUGCUUGAGAAUUGCUCAAGUCUGAAGGAGAUCCAUCCAUCAAUAGGAAAUUUGGACAGAUUAACUGAUCUUAAAUUGUAUGGUUGCAAAAAGAUUACGGAUCUUCCGAGCAGCAUAUGCCAGCUAAAAUCCCUUACAAUGUUGCACAUUCAUGGCUGCUCAUCUUUACAAACACUGCCAGUUGAUAUUGGAGAUAUGCAAAGCCUAAAACAUCUUUGGGCAUCUGGAACAGGUAUAAGAGAAUUGCCUGGAUCUGUUGAAAUGCUAGGAAAUCUUCAAGAUUUGGAAAUAGGAGAUCUAUACUUAGAGGCCAAAAGGAGGUUUUCUCAAACAAGAGUACGCCCCGUAGUAUCCUUGUCAAAAUUUAUUUUUUGUUUACGCCUUUCCUACUGUGGUUUGUCGGAGGGUGAUGUUCCUAGGAAUAUUGAGAGUUUAUCCAACUUAGCUCUUUUAGAUUUGAGCGGCAACAAUUUCCUCUAUCUACCCUUUGAUUUUUCCAAGUUACCAUUGUUGGCGUGCUUGUAUUUGAGAGAUUGUGAGAACCUUCAAACGCUCCCAUCAUUAUCAAAUUUAGAGUACCUUAGAAUUGUUGAACUUAGGAAUUGCCAAAAACUGGUCAAGAUUACCGGGUUGGACAACCUCCCUUCAAUUGGGACGAUGGACAUGGCUAAUUGUACUUGUCUGCAGAAUCCAUUCAAUGAAGGCUUCUUUAGUGCCCCUGCUCUAUCAUUUCCAUCUAGAGAACAUCAAUGGUAUGAGGUUAGUCCCUCUCCCUCUCUGAUCUCUCUCUCUCGUAUCACAUUAAUAAUUAAUGAUCUAAUUGUGUCUUAAUUUGUCUGAUGAAGCUGUCAUUACGAAUUUGUGUCGAAUGCAAUGAUAUUCCAGAUUGGUGCAGCAAUAAAGUAACAGCUCCAUCUAUCUGUUUGACUAUGCCCACAGGACAUAAUAACAAGUUCUUAGGAAUGGUUCUCUGGUUUGUUUGCCGCCAUUGCGAUGUACAUGAGCUCGAACACUUCACUGUUACUAUU